AUGGCAAACCUCCAAGUGACACUCUCCCCGGUCCCUCCCUCACCCGCUCAACCCAUCAGCCUCCCCAUCAACAUCGCCAUCCACAACCCGGCAAACACCCCAGUGACCUUCCUCAACUGGGGCACGCCUUUCGACCCCAGAGCCACCCUCCUGGGCGUCUUCCAGAUCAACGAUACCAGCACCAACGACCCCGUCCCACUCGACACGAUCAAGUUCACCCGCCAGCUGCCUCCCUCCCGGGACGAUCUGGUCGAGAUCCCCGCCGAGAGCUCAACGGAGCGGACCGUGACGAUUCCGCGGGUGCCCCUGGAACAAGGACACGAGUACGCGGUCCAGGCCAAGGGCAUCUGGCAUGGGAUCUGGGAAUGCACCCGGGACGAAGUGACCGACGCGCAGCUGGAGAGACUGGGCGAGGCGCGGGGGGAGUUUGAGUCCGAGCGUGCUGUCUUCAAGAUGCAAAUGGGUAUAGAUAUCCCCACCGACGCCGCCCGCGUCCUGGCCGUCCUCUCGGCCGGCGGGACCGCAAUCAUCCCCUCCAGCGUGGGCUACGGCAUUGUGGCGACGGACCCCCUCGCGCUGCAACGCAUCUUCACGGCGAAACGACGACAGCCGCAUAAGCGCCACGCCGUGAUCGGCAGCUACGCCCUCCACCGCGAACUGCAUGUCCUCCCUGCUGAGCACGCGGCUCUCGUGCGGCUGCUCGCGGUUGAUCUCAACCUCCCGCUUGGUGUCAUUGCGCCGUACCGGGGGGAUCACCCGCUCAUGCGGAAACUCGAUGCCGAGACGCUGGCGGCGAGCUCGGUGGAUGGGACGGUGGCCAUGCUUGUCAAUGGCGGGCCGUUCCAGGAGGAGCUGGUGCGGGUGACCGCCGCGGCGGGGAUGGCGUUGCUGGGCUCGAGUGCGAAUCUCACGGGGCAGGGGACGAAGACGGUGGUGGAGGAGAUUGAGCCGGAGGUUCGCGAGGCGGCGGAUAUUGUGGUUGAUUAUGGACGGGUGAGGGAUGGCUGGCCGCGGGCGAGUUCGACCAUGGUGGAUUUUGAGCGGAUGCGGGUGGUGCGGUUUGGGGCUUGUUAUGAGGUUAUUCGCGAUGUGGUUGGGAGGUUUGCUGGUUUGGACUGGCCGGAGGAUCCGGGGAGGACAGCCUUGUUUUCUGGUAGAACUGAUUGUCUGUAG